GCAGAUACAAAGAAGCAGAAAUGGAUCAAUAAACAGACUGUGUACGUAUGCACAUGCUUAUAUAUGACUGACUGGCGUAACCGAAUAUAUUCAGUUGCCACUGCCCUUUUGUAGGUGUGUGUUUGUAUUUACGACUCAAUUUACACCUGAAAAACAUGAGGUAUUUUCUGCUUUUAAGCAGUUUUUGUAUAGUGUACAUACAAGCAUUUUCGCAAGUGACAAAACAGUGUACGGUUAAUGUACCUUUUGGAUCGAGCAAUAAUUUCAGGAUGAAGGGUUGCUUGAUGAACGGGGUUUGCUGGAAAUAUGGAUCAAAAGUAAACUCAAAUAGACCUUGCUCGUAUUACAUGUGUGAAAGAAGAGGAAGGAGAUCUUUUGUGCGAUAUAUAGCAACCGGAUGUUUUAUGAAUGGUAUAUGCUAUACAGCUGGUCGGACAAUUGACGAUAAAAAUGACUGUGUUAAACAUACCUGCACUAAUUUAGGAGAUAGAAGAUAUGAGUGGGAAACCACACAUGCCGGUUGUAAGUAUAAGCAUGGGUGUUAUCCUGUUGGCUCGAAAAGGUUGACGAAGAAAACUUGUCUUGUUUUGCGUUGCAAGAUUAAUAAGAGUGUAGCCUUUCCUUCCUGGGAUAUAGAAGAAUAUGGUUGCUUAGAAGAAGGCGUUUGUCGGAGAAUCGGAUGGAAAGAAGUCAGAGAAAAGGAGUGUAUUGAAGCGGCUUGUGUAAAAAACGCACUAGGAUAUACUGAAUUUCAAAAGAAUGUCAUUGGUUGCAAAUCAAACACUGGUUGUCAGAGAAUUGGUACAAUAUGGAGGGAAGAUGAAUGUUGGCGAUUUAGAUGUGAUGGAUUAAUAAAUGGAUCUCAAACUAUCACACUACUAGACGGUUGUGUUUACAAUAACAAAUGCUAUCCUUUCGGAGUAACUCAUUUAUACGGAUGUUUCUAUCUUAGGUGUAAAAAGAUAGGUGAUUCCAGUACUCACCAUGUUGUUAAACAAUGCUAAUGUGAAAGCGUGGACGCGCCAGUGUAUUCGGACCCAGGGAUACGUAGGAAUCAAAAAACAUCAAAUUGAUAUUAGAUGUAAAAUAUACACAGAGUGCGUGAACGUGAAUAAAGACGAGGAUUGAAGUUAUGCCUAUUUCGUACAUAGAGUUACGAUUAUUAUUACUGUGAACAAUGAAUUUAGCAGUUUCAUUAUAUGUUAGACUUAAUCGUUUUAUAUACAAUGACAACCGCAAUAAUUUUCGUAGCAUGGUGUUAACUUCUUAAAGAGCCGUGCAUGGAGUUUUCAAAUGACCAAAGUGUGAGUGUACAAUGUUCAGUCAAUAACUGUAUAAGCGAAAGAUAACAACAUAUCUAACCAAUUUAUUUCUGCAGAAAACAACACACUUACCUUGAUAUUUUUAUAUUUUUAUAUAUAUGAAAAUAUUACCAAUGUUUAAUAUGCUUAAUAAAUUAUGUUGAAAAUGAA